UAGUCAUCAAAAUCUUUAGAUUCAGUUAGUAUAAAAAAUACUUCCAAAGGUCUUCCUAGUCCAAUAACAGCAGUGGAAAAUCUUGCACAAGAAUUAGAAUAUUCACUUGACAUUCAUAGUGCUACUAAAGGACAGUAUGUUGUUAAGCCACAAGAUUAUGAACAAGAUCGUGCUGAAGAUGUAAAUAUUUCUAGUAAAAGUAAUUUUAAUGGUCAAAAAUUAAAUGAAUCUAUUAAAAAAGAAAGUAACACUCCAGAAGGUAGCGUCAAACAAAUGAACAUGGUUAUGAGAACUCGGUCGGAUUCUGGUCGUCCACUUACUGACUUGGAAAUAUUAGAACAAGUUACAGUUCUAAAUUUAGACACUGGAGAACUAGUUCCAUUAAGUUUGGCAGAAGAUCGUUUACCUAAAUGUGUUAAUCCACUUUCUUUACAUAUAAUGAGACUCACGUCGGAAUAUGUAAGUAAUCCUAAUUCACACAAAGAUAGGGAAUCAGAUGAAGAGAGUGUUGAUUUAAAGAAAGAUUCGGGACCACAUGAUACGGUUGAUGCAAAGAAAGUGUGGAGGAAAGCCAAAUGGAUAAGGAAAAAAAUAGAGAAAACAGUUGAAAAAACAGUAAAUAAAUUGAAAGAUGUUGCUGACGAAGUGAAGCAUUCGCGGCACAGCGAAGACAUCGACACUAGUGAAGAAGAGACUAUGUCACCUGACGCACGACCAUCCGUAAAAAUAAAGGCUUCCGGAAGUCACAAAGGACCAUAUGAAUUUGAAGGAAUUAAAGUUUUACAAGAAUUAACUGGAGAACAUUCGGGUGCUAUAUGGACCAUGAAAUUUUCAUCUUGUGGGAGAUUGCUAGCUUCUGCUGGUCAAGAUCACAUUCUGAGAAUUUGGGUUUUGCGUGAUUCUUAUUCUUACUUUGACGAUAUGAGACAAAGAUACAAUGCGGAAGGUAAAGUUUCUCCAACCCCUUCACAAGAAAACAUUGGUAUGCAACAAAAUGAUGAACAUGCUAAAAGUGAAAAUGCAGAAGCAUCCGAAGAUAUGAAAGGCCCUUUUAUGCCAAAACCAUUCUGUACCUAUGAAGGACAUACGGCAGAUCUCUUAGAUAUAUCAUGGUCUAAAAAUUAUUUCAUUUUAUCUUCAUCGAUGGAUAAGACAGUGAGACUGUGGCAUAUUUCGAGAAGAGAGUGCCUUUGCUGUUUUCAGCACAUAGAUUUUGUCACCGCCAUAGCAUUUCAUCCAAGAGAUGAUCGUUAUUUUUUAAGCGGGUCCUUGGAUGGAAAACUGAGACUAUGGAAUAUACCAGAUAAGAAAGUUGCUCUGUGGAACGAGCUUGAUGGGCAGACAAAGCUUAUUACAACGGUCAGUUUUUGUCAAAAUGGCAAAUUUGCCGUAAUAGGUUCUUAUGAUGGACGAUGUAUUUUCUAUUAUACCGAACAAUUAAAAUAUUACACACAAAUCCACGUACGUUCCACUAGAGGAAAAAAUGCACAGGGUCGAAAAAUUAGUGGAAUCGAACCCAUGCCAGGAGAAGACAAGAUUCUAGUCACUUCUAAUGAUUCUCGUAUCAGAUUGUACGACCUGUGUGGUCUCACUCUGUCUUGUAAAUAUAAAGGUUACGUCAAUGUUAGCAGUCAAAUCAGAGCAAGUUUUAGUCAUGAUGGUAAAUAUGUCAUAAGUGGUUCUGAAAAUCAAUUUAUAUACAUCUGGAAAACUCAUCAUGAUUAUUCAAAGUUUUCCUCAGCCAGGAGAGAUCGUAAUGAUUACUGGGAAGGAAUUAAAGCUCACAAUGCAGUAGUAACGACUGCCGUUUUUGCUCCGCAUCCUCAUCUGAUUUCUUGUCAGUUGGACCAAAACGAACAGCACUGUAGUACAACCGAUGGCUGUUAUGUAAUUGCCAGUGCAGAUUUCAGUGGUGCUAUUAAAAUAUUUAUAAAUAAACCAAAGACAAAGUCUUCUGGUGCAACGGAAAUGCCUGCAUCCUAGUCUAUUAGUAAUAAUAUCCAAACAUUCUGUACAGAUAUGUGUAUUAAUUAAUAAUGCAAUUCAAGCUAAAAAAUUCUGUAAAUUUAAAUAAUUUUGAAUGUUAAAUUAUGGCAUUGUGAAAAAUUUAUGUAAAUAUAUUGCAUAUUUAGUACAUACUGCAGCUUUUUAUAUACAUUGCUGAACAAAAAUAUAACUGGGCUGGUUUUUGUUAAUAAAAAGAAUUCUAGUUAACGUCUUACUGUCUUUAGAUUUACCAAAAUAACUUUUUAUAUGGAUUAACAGUAUUUAUUAUAUAAUAUUUUAGAGAUGACGUUUCACAAUUGGCAAAAAAAAAUUUUUUUUUACAGUAUUUACAAUUGCUAUCUUUGUAAGUAUUAUGAAUGGAAUGAAUUUGGAAUUACAAA